CUCUGGCGCGGAUUGUGACCUUGGGCUUGGGGACCGAAUCCGGCAUGGUCAACAGCUCGACGCGACUCUGGUCAAUGCGGAGCGACUGAACCUGUCAAUACUGCACGAUAGAAUAUCCUUGUGUUUCAUAUUGUUCAUAUUGUACAACGUUACCCUUGUUGCGCUUGACCCGCUCAGAAGAACAUGGAAAUUGACUCGCGCACAGCCCGCGUAGGAGGCGCCAAAAAUGUCUUGCCUCAAAAAGUACUGCUUUGAAGACGCAGCUGAGAUUGCUAUUGCUAUGGAAUCAUGAGUGUGGCAGCAGCAGACCGUUUGCCAGAGCUGGUUUCGCAGCGGCGACAGCAAGCAGCAGCUCUGGGAGAGACCACGGCAAUGUCCGGGAGAGGACCAACAUAUGAGCGCGUGCAGCGGCUCUUGGAGGAGCGGCGAGCGCGCGCAAGCGCGCAAUUAGCAGCGCAAACUCAAGACAGCAGCCCAGAGGGGCAUGCGGGCCAGCUGGGGCGCGGCAGGCUGCAGCAGCUGGCCUCGCAGAUGCAAUCCCCAGAUAGCGAUCUCAGCUUUGAGUUCGACCAGCCUGCAUUCAUCUCGGACGCUGGCGCCCUUGCGGCCGCACAGGAGAUACUUCGGAACAGCUACGCGGCGGGGCAGGCGGGGGCCUCGGCGUCCGGCGCAGCACAACGCCAACAGUCGGGCUGGCAGGAGGGGGCCUCGUCCUCACGACGGGAGCAGUUCCAGCCGCCCCCUGGUGACUUCGACGACGACGAGCACCUCGACCACGACGGAGUGGGCAUGCCUGCAGCUCGACACGGUACAUCGCAGGUCGGUGAGGACGGCGUGCUGCGCGGUUCCUAUGAGGUAGCGGCCCUGCUGUCCACGCCGACGGUUGCCAGCGCUUCUGGACAGCAGGAGGCAGGCGGCGGCUCGCCCACCCUUGCCGAGCUUGAAGCCAUGCUCAAUCAGACCAUGCUGCAGCUCAACCUCAGCUCGCAGCCGCUGCCGCCGCCCAAGCCGCGCCAGCCAGCGCGCGAGCAGCAGCAGGUGCCGCCGCCGCAACAGCAACAUACACAGAUGCAGGGGGCUGCCCCGGCACGUGCGCCCCAGGGGCCGCAGCAGCAGGGCGACAUCCGGGUGCCGUCCGACAAGGACAUGGCGUACGGCCUGGGUGGCGGCCAGGAGGGGCCGUUCGACAUCUCCGACAUAUGGGCCAUGGAGUCGCAGCCCAGCGCCUCACAGCGCUCCGCCUCGCAGUCCGACCACGCCGCGUAUCGAGACGACGGCCAGGAGGUCAACUCGUAUGCCGCUGCCUACGGGUACCAGCGGCGGCAACAGCAGCAGCCCAGCGCCGACGAGGCCCUGUACGGCGGCGCCGUGGCAACGCAGCGCAUGGGCUCGGACCCUGCCUACCAGCAGCUCCAAUCUGGGACACCCAGCUCGCAUCCCGAGCGCCAGGCCGGCGCUCCCGAGCACGGACCGGGUCACGCACGCCAGGGUGGCGCGCCGCCGCCGCCGCCGCAGCAGCAGCAACGGCCCCGACAACGACAACAGCCACAGCAGCAGCAGGCGGCGCCGCGCUCGCGGGCCACCUCACCGGCACCGGCAGGAGCCCGGCCUGGUGCAGGUGGAGCUGCUGCAAGCCGAGCAGUGGGACAACAGCCGACACGGCCGCAGCGGCCGGUGUCGGCUCAGAUGGGUAGCCGGCAGCCGGCUGGGCCAGCGGUGCGGCGAUCAGUUUCGCCUGGAGCUAGCCCUCGGCCAAGGUCUGCACUGCAAAAUGUGCCAGCCCGCUACAACCAACCGCCCGCCUGGCAGCAGCAGUACCAGCAACAACAACAGCAACAGCAGCAGCAGCAGCCGGACCAACAGCCGCAGCGGCCGCGGUCGCCUGAUGCCUACCCGGGCUUCAGCUUCCAGCCGCGCAUCAACCCUCGCAGCCGCGAAAUUGCCGAGCGGCUGCUCCCCGCCGACAAGGACCGGCGCCUGCAGCAGCUGUCCAAGCCUCGCAACGAGCGCUUCGAGCAGCGCGCCGAGCAGUUGCGGCAAGCCAAGCUUGAGGAGGAGCUGAGGGAGUGCAGCUUCCAGCCCCGCACCGGCCGGCCGCCCAGCACGCCGCGCGUGCGGGGUCCCGCGCCCGUGCACGAGCGCCUGUACCACACCAAGCCGGCCUGGGAGCAGAAGCGGGAUGACAUCUUGCGGGAGCGGGAAAGGGAGGUGCUGGCCAGCUGCACGUUCCAGCCGCAGUGCGGCUCCAGGCAGUCUCCCGACCGUGGUCGCAGGUCUAGCAGCGCGCAGCGGCAGCGGCCUGUCAGCGCGACGCGCUCACGGCCAGAUGCAGGUGGCGGUGGCGGCGGCGGUGGCGGGGCGGGCACGUACGUGCCCAUCCACCAGCGGGUGGCUGACCUGCUGCGCAGCCGCAAUGAGAAGCUGGCCAAGGCGCAGAUGAAGAUGGAGUUGGACAGUGGGCCCGCCACCUUCCAGCCGGAGAUCAACCGGCGCUCGGUGGCUCUGGCGGCGGAGCGGCAGCGGCAGCAGCCGGCGGAGGUGGCGGCGCUGCCGGCCAGCGAGCGCCUGUACCGGCUGGCGCAGGAGCAGCGGGCCGUGUCAGCCAGCAGGCACGGACGCGAGGGCGACCUGGGCUCCAGCUACGGCGAUGGCGACCUGCGGGGCAGCCGCGACCAGCGCCACCCCGCAGCAGCAGGGGUGCCCGCCAUCAACCCGCGCAGCCGGGCGCUGGCGGAGAGCAGCGACCUGCCGCAGGACUUCCUGGCGCGGCAGGCCUACCUGGCGGCUCUGGGCCAUGAGAAGCGGGCGCUGUACCGCAGCCUGCUGGAGGAGUCCACCUGCACCUUCCAGCCGCACCUCAUCUCCCGGGGCGGCAGCCUGGCGUCCAGCGGCGUGUUCGGGCCUGGGCCGGGCUCAGCCGCGGGCGACGGCGAGUCGCGGGCUGGGCGUGAGGGCGGCGGCGGCGGGCGGCUGUCCAAGCUGGCGUAUGAGGACGUGCAGAAGAGCGCGGCGCUGCGUGACGCGCUGGCGCAGCACCACUACAGCCAGUUCACGUUCACGCCCCGCAUCAACGAGACCUCGCGACGCAUCGGCCGGCGCCACUCGCUGACGGACCUGCACCGCGACGAGGAGCGCCAAGCCAAGCUGGAGCGGCUGGCGGCGCAGGCGGAGGCGGCGGCGGCGGCCGAGUGCACCUUCAAGCCCGCCAUCAACGCCCGCUCCGCCAGCCUGGGCCGCUCCCGCCGCGGCAGCCUGGUGCUGGCCAGCGUGGACGUGGCGGAGCAGGCGCACAAGCUGCGCAGCAGCAUACUCGUGGAGGCUCGUGCGCUCAAGGAGUACGAGGAGUUGAAGGAGUGCACCUUUGCGCCCGCCAUCAACCGCCAGGGCCCGCCGCCAGCCGCCGGCCCCGUGGCGGUGCCGGGGCUGGGCCGCCACAUGGAGCUCAAGGAGAUGGCUCGGCGCAAGCGCGAGGCGGAGGAGGCGCGCAAGGCAGAGGUGUGGAACCAGCGGCCCAAGAGCCCAGGGCCGCGAGUGGGCGUCACCGUGCCGCAGCCCUUCAGCUUCGAGCAGCGCGUGCUGCCGUGGCAGCGGCCCCGUUCCGCGAUCCUGGCGGAGCAGCGGCACAUGGAGACGCAGCAGAAGAAGCAGGCGCUGGCCUCCCUCAAGGCGCAGCGGCAGCACCAGCGGCAAGAGGCGGAGCUGCGCCGCUCAGCCCACCUGCAGCGCAUUAUGCAGGAGGCGGUGGGCGCGGACGUGGGCGGCGGGCAGCAGCAGCAGCGGCAGCAGCAGUCCGGGCAGUACCAGACCCACCACCCGCACCAGCAGCAGCAGCGGCAGCAGGCGUAUGAGGAGUACAAUGAAGGGGCGGCCGCUUACGGGCUGUACGGUUUGGAGGGCGUUGAGGAGGGCUACGAGUCCACCACGGUACUUGAGAGGGAGUGACGUGCGUGAUGCCAUGCAAACGGCAUUGCGUUCUCUGGAUUGGGAUUGCGGCGACGAUGCCCUGCCUUUGCCUCGUGGGGAAGAAAUGACUUCCAAGCGCGGGGUUGCUUUGCCGCAAGGCCAGCAUAUGGUAUGACGACUGCACAUGGGAUGUGUGAGAUUGCGUUGUUACAAGAGAGGACAGCCCGAGCCAACGGUACACCCAGCGUGUAUGAGGACACCCUGACCGCUCUGACCACUGGUCUGCAUGGGGGGGGGGGAAGUGAGGGGCAUUGCCUGGAGGGAAUCGAGACUGUAGGCAGAGAAGAUUAGUUGGUUAGCCGGUACUGAGACUGGUGAGACACGGAGGUGAUUAGAUCUACAUUGCAGGCAGGCGGAAAGCUGAUACGUGGUCUGGGCUGUAAAGCUGACGGAUCCAGUACAGGGAAGGCUGGGAAACCGGAACGCUGUCGCUGCCACAAGGCACAGGCUGACAGACAGGGAAAGCUGGAGGCUGCAGGGCUGACACCUGCGUAGGAACCGAAGCGGGACGGUUAGCGCUGUAAGGGCUGUAGCUG